AGUAAAUAUGGAAAUUUACCUCACCACAACAAGGCAACUGUAACAGACCAUUUGUUGAGAUAUGGUUUCAUGGAUACAUAUUCUGUGUGGUGGGCACAUGGUGAAACUUUAAGUAACAAUGUUGAUCCAUGGUUAGCUACAAGUGAUGUGGCAUCCUCAAGUAAUAUUGAGGAACAUGUUAAUAUUGAGGAACAUGUUAAUAUUGAGGAACAUGUUAAUGCUGAGGAUGAUAUCCAUCACAUGGUUUAUGAUGCAUUCUGUCCAUCUGAAAAUGAUCGCCCUAGAAAUGAAACAGAGUUCGCAUAUGAAAAUGUUAGGGAUGCGCCAAAUAGACAUGCACAAUCUUUUCAUGACUUGUUACGUGCUUCAACCAUCCCACUUGGACCAUCAUCUAAUAAUCAAACAUUGCUUGGAUGGUUAUCAUAUAUGCUGCACUACAAAGCCAAAAACAACAUAACUGAUGUUGGUUACAAUGACAUCAUUCAAGGCUGUAGGCAAUUGUUAAGUCCAGAAGAUCACCAAAAAGUACCGUCAAAUUUUUAUAAAGCAAAAAAAUUCAUGAAAAACUUAGGUUUAGGCUAUGCCAAAAUUGAUGCAUGCGUCAACAACUGCUUUCUGUAUUAUGGUGAUGAGGCAAAGUCACUUACUGCUUGUCCAGUUUGUGGUGAACCUAGGUAUAAAAAAUGCAACUCGGUUAAAACUCAAAAAAAGGGUAGGCCCAAGAAUUCUUUGUGGUAUCUACCCAUUAUUCCAUGCCUACAGAGGCUGUACAUGUCUCGUAAAACUGCUGAGCAUAUGACAUGGCACCUUAAAUGUCGUGUUGACUUGGAGAUCCUCAUUCAUCCUGCUCAGUCUACUGCUUGGAAGCACUUUGAUGCCGUUCAUCCUUCAUUUGCAUCCAAUCCGCGAAAUGUCCAUCUUAGUCUUGCAAUAGAUGGGUUUAACCCGUUGGGUCAUUCUUCAAGGAACACAGAAUUCUCGAUAUUUGCGUGCCCUGGUCAUCCAAUGGGUUCACAUUCACAGACACGCUGUCUAACCACUCAAGAGAUGAAGGCAGCUGAACUUUAUGUCCUACUAAAUUGUAGGGAAGUUGAUGCGCUUCUUAGGGGAACACGCAUUAACCAAGUUUACAACAUUGUUGAGGUCAACCCACGAUAUCAAUUGUCGACCGGUGAGCCAUUUUGCUUUGCGUGUCAAGCAAUGCAAGUGUAUUACAGUAGUUACCCAUCAAAUAAUCGAGCAACUCAUGGAUGGUUCGCCGCAUGCAAAAUACGUGCUAAACAUUUGGUUGACGCUUCUUCAACCUCACUUGAUAUGGAAGAAAUAUUCCAAGAUGAAGAGCCACCAUCCACACAAUCAAAUGAGCAUAGUUCCAACUUGGCAUCUACAGAACGCGCGAAUCUGCAUGCAGAAGGAGCAACAAUGGUUGACUUAAAUGGAGAUGCAAAUGAUGAUGUUGAUGAAAAUCCGAGUGAAGGAAAUGAAAGAUAUGAAGCAAGAGGCGAUGUUGGUGACAAUAGUAGUGAGACUGAAUGGUCGAUGUUGGGUGGGCCCAUCAACUCCGCGCGUAGUCGCAGCACAUCAGGGAGACGAGGAUGUCACAACUCUGUAGAUCUUGCAUGUGACGUUACACCAGUAUUGGACGCAGGGCAUACUCGGUCUAUUAGUCCACAAGGUUCUAUUCAUGCAGCAGCCUCAUCCCAUAAUGGGAAGCAAAAGGGAAAAGGUCCGAACAAACUAAAAAAGGCUGUAAGAAGACCAAAUGAAAGACCAUUUAUACAAAUUUCGCAUAAAGGCACCUUCUUGGAUGUUGAAGUCCCCAGAUUGAUUACGACCCUAUGGAAGACGGUUUAUAAUGGUGAUUACUUCACCUAUGACUUGUUCCCAGAACAGAAAAGGCUGCAAGUGUGGGAGUUGUUUAAAGAUGAACGGGAUAAGUGGCGUGCAAACAGUGAGUAUAGGCCGGUAUGGGUGCCUGAGCACCUAUGGCCUACAUUAUGCGCUUAUUGGGAUUCUGCUGAGUUUCACAAUCUUAGCGAGAGGGGGAAGAAAAACCGAGCAUCUGGGGAACGAGUUACACACACUACAGGAUUAGUGAGUUUUGAUGUGCAUGAAGAACAGAUGCCACCUUGGGACAAUGACGCUUGGGCAACUGUUGUUAGGGGAUGCCACAGCAAUUUCAUGCCAGGAAUUGAUUCACAGGGAGGCAAUGCAAAUGAUGUGAGACGAAAUAGGGCAAGUCAAAGAGCAACGAGAAGCAAUGCAACGGAUGUUGGAAGACAUGGGGAGGAUGCAGGCAUCUUUAUCACAGCAAUUGCUGCUUUUAGUGCCUACGGGAUGCGCCCGCCUAGUGUUACACCAUCAUUGCCUCACACUGGGCAAGCAUUUCCUCUUGUAGGGACAUCAUUCCCUACUGUUGGGCCAUCGUUUCAUGCUAGUGGGCCAUCAUUUCCUCAUGCAAUGCCAGUGCAAAUGCCAAUAAAACCUGCAUUCCCCAUGGGCCAAAUGGGGAGAUAAUCAGGAUCUCCAGGUACAUCUUCAGCCAAUCCCCCACAAGAUGAUUAUGGUUACCAGCCGAGAUUUGAUGCAGAUUACCAAGGUCCAUUUGGGUCGGAAUGAUCAGUGUGCAUGAGGUUGCGAACGCAAAACUUGGCAUGUUCUUGAUACUUGAGGAAAAUACUUUUAGUUUCUGGGUUUGUGAUUUGAACUUGUUAGGACAUUGGUGUAUAUGUCAGUUGGAAUUGAAUGGUUUGUGGUAAUAUUAACUGUAUUAUUAUGAUUUGCAAGUUUAGAAUAUGUAAAUGGUCAUAUUAAAUGUUGCAAGUGGUA